AACAAGACCCGGACUAAAUAGACCAUCGCACCAAACAAACAUGGCCGCCUCCGAGCAGCUCGACGUGAGCGCAAUAAAGUCGGAUGAAAAAGAGACCAACUCAGCGAAGGGAACGGACGAGCGCUUGCUCGCAGAGAAUGACACGAAAUCCGAAAAGAACGAAAUGCCUGGAGCUGAUCAGGAAACAACGGACCCUUUUAAAAAACCAAUUGCGUUCGCUGCGUCUUCUCUCGCCAGCAAACGCAGCCUGAGCGCUCCUGCUUCCUCCAAACCCGAAGCCGAGAGGAAUCCCGGGAAAGAAAGCAAGCAAGCACACGUUGAGGAAUCUAAUUGUGAGCCAUCUGUAUUUCCAGAAGACGACAACGAAACGUCGGAGAUUGGGCCAGAAAAGAAUACAAAUGGUGAUGAACACAGAGACGUCGCUUCACUAAACGUGAAACCAGAAUCUAAACACAGGGUGCUACCGUCCAAGGUUCCUGCUGCUGGCAAGUUCCCUCCUCUCCCAUACACAGAGCCUAAGUGGGGUGGCCCUGCUCCGGAUGACCUCUAUGCUCUUGAAAUUCUAAAAAACGGCACCAUAGUGGACAGGGUGCCCCUCAGGCAUCGAGGCUACUUUGUGGUUGGGCGUUUACCGGUGUGUGACGUCUCUCUAGAACACCCGUCCAUUUCCAGGUACCAUGCUGUCAUCCAGUACCGCCUACAUGCCGGCGAAGGGGAGUCUGUCGGCGAGGAUCGAGGUUUCUACAUCCAGGACUUGGGCAGCACACACGGCACAGUCGUAAACAAGAACAAAAUUCCUCCUAAAACGUUCAUCAGACUCCGUGUUGGACAUGUCCUUAAGUUCGGCGGCAGCACGAGACUGUUCAUCCUACAGGGUCCAGAGUUUGAUGAGGAAGAAGAGUCUGAACUGACAGUCACAGAGCUGAGGGAGCAAGGCAGGAAACAGAGGGCGGAGCUAGAGAAGAGAAUGAUGGGAGAGGGGCCUGAUGAUGACGAGGGAGAGGACAAGGAUGAAGUAACAAGCGGCAAGAGCAAAGUGUCCAGUGAAGACUCGGGCUGUUCUUGGGGAAUGGCCGAGGAGCAGCUCCCAGAACAAGACGAAAAUGAGGAGAACCCCUUCUCAACAGAGUUCCAAGAAGACCAGGAAGCUGCUUACUUAAAGGACCCUAAAAAGGCCUUACAGGGGUUUUAUGACAGGGAAGGCGAAGAGCUGGAGUUUGAGUAUGAAGACAAAAGCCACGGCAGCUGGCUCUGCAGGAUCAAGCUUCCGGUGGACGAUGCCUUGGGCCGACAGCUCGUUGCCGAGGUGACCCACACGGGCAAGAAGAAAGAAGCGGCAGUCCAGUGCUGCCUCGAGGCCUGCCGCAUGCUCGAAGCCCGAGGACUGCUGCGCCAGGAAGCAGUGUCCCGCAAGCGCAAGAAAAAGAACUGGGAAGAUGAGGACUACUAUGACAGUGACGACGACACCUUCCUGGACCGGACGGGCACCGUUGAAAAGAAGAGGAAAGAAAGAAUGAAAAAAGCAGGAAAGAUUGAAGAGCGGACCGAGACCUACGAGUCACUGCUGGUCAAGUUAUCACAGGUAGAGAAGCAGGUAGCAGAAGCACAGAAAAAGCUCAGCACCCCUGGGAAAGACUCUUCUGGUUCUUCGACCGAUGACCCGUUGGACGCUUUCAUGACCGCUGUGCGCAGCGAUGCGACCAUGGAUGCCCUGGAGCGCAGGAAGCUGCAUGUGCACAUCGCGGAUCUCCGAAAAGAUGCCCAGCGGCUGCGCAAAUUGGUGGAACUCACUCGCCCUUCACAGCUUCCCUCGUUGCUACCCAGUGGCAGCUCAACGUCUGAGAAACCGAAGAAAGUCUUGCCGCUUUUUGGAGCCAUGAAGGGAGGAUGCAAGUUUAAGCUGAAGACUGGAACUAUUGGGAAGUUGCCUCCUAAGCAGCCCAUCUUGCCUCCUGAACUCUUUAACAUGAAAGAACUUCCGCCAGGAGGAGAAGAGGAGGAGGAGGAGGAAGGAGAAGAAAAGGGGGAGGAAGAGCCGGAGAUGGCUGAAAAUAAGGAGGAUCAUGAAAAUAAACCAUGCGAGAUGAAUGUUGAUCCGUUAGAGGCCGAUGACCUCAUAUCUCAAGCGACUUCAGGACAGAAAGGAGAAAAAUCAGUGUUGGAGCUGAAAGAACAAAAUCCUGAAAAGAGGAAAAGCGCGGCUUGUACCGACACGGGGAACCCGUUUCCUCAUCAGAACAUCAAGUCCAACCACGACCAACCAUCUUCCGAAUCCAGAGACAAGGGUGAUGAGGAUCUUAAUCCAAAAAAGAAAAAGAAAGGCAUGGGCAAGCCACCAGCGCAGCUCUCGAGUCAGUAUCCACAGGACGACCCCGAUUACUGUGUUUGGAUGCCGCCGGCAGGGCAGACUGGAGAUGGCCGCACCCAUCUUAAUGAGAAGUAUGGCUACUGAGUGGAAAACCCGCCCCCUUGUCAUCGAGUCAUAUCUGACCCAACACAUCAACAGCUCCUACACGUCCGGCACCAUCACACGAUAUGAUCAAGCUCAUGAGAGACCACGAGGGAAUCAAAA